AACUGUCAUUUAGUACUUUACGUCAGUGUAUAUUUUGUGCUUUGCCUCUCAGUCUCUCAGCUUGACGUGAGAAAAUUGUUUAUAAAACUGUUUUCCUGAUUUCUGGAAUGUACUGCAUCAAUACAAAAAAACUACCAAAAUUCAUGUGAUUUUUAGCUACUAAAAGGUCCACUUACAUCAUUACUGUAAGAUGCCACCACUUUAGGUUAAUUGAUAUCGAUUUUUGCAUUACAUAAAAAUCUGAUUGUUCAAAAUAGUUUGAGCUAAACGUUAUCAGUUCGUUGUGAGUCACCAUGGAGGCGGUCCCCAGGCUACCUAUGCUUUCAUUUGAGCUGAAGGUGUGCACCGAGAAUACCCAAUUUGCCCCCCAACUCAAACAGUACAUAGCGGCUUUUUACAAUGAAGAUCCCGACUCGUACCUGACGGAAAUACAUUCUCUAGAAGCCCUCAGAGCUUCUGCAGUGCGUCCUUCAAUGGAUAUUAGUGGGGUACAAACUUUGAAGAAAUACUAUUGCCAGUUACAUUUUCUCAAGUCGAGGUUCCCGAUGGAAGAAAAUCAAGAUGCAGCAGUACAAUUUUCAUGGAGAGAUAAUCAGCUUGAAGUAAACUAUAGCUCCAAUGAUAUUCGCUUUGAACUGAUGGUAGUGAUGUAUAAUAUUGGUGCUUUACAUUCAUAUUUGGGUGCUAAUGAGUCCAGAAGUAAUCCUGAUGGAAUGAGAUUAGCUUGUACACAUUUUCAAUGUGCUGCCUGGGCAUUUCAAUGUGUUAAGGAAAAGUAUCACCAGUUUAUUGUCUGUAUUUCAUUGAUUGAGUUGGUACACUUUUUCCAACAAGUCUGUUUAGCACAGGCCCAGGAAUGCAUUUUAGAGAAAAGUAUGUUGGAUAAUAGAAAAGCAACAAUUGUAGCUAAGGUAGCUGUUCAGGUAUACAACUACUACCGCCAAUCUCUAAGCAUUUUGGAAUCAUCUAGUGAAGAUUUGUUCAAAGACAAAAAAUACAAGGAAUGGAUCAAAUAUUUAAACUUUAAAAUGGCUUAUUACAAAUGUGUGUCUCUUUUAUACCAAGGUCAACAAGCUGAGGAACAACAAAAAAUGGGAGAGAGAGUUGCUUUUUAUCAAGCAGCUUGUGAUAGACUUGAGGAGGCUAAAAAGUGGGCUGGAUCACUAAAGAAGUGGCAGCAAGAAAUAAAUGAAAGUUUAGCUUUUACACAAGAUGUUGCACAAGGCAAAAAGAAAGCUGCUAGCAAUGAGAAUGAAUUUAUAUACCAUGAGGAAGUUCCAGAUAAAGAUCAUCUUGAAGAAGUUAAAGGAGCAUCUUUAGUUAAAGGGAUUCCAUUCAGUGUCAGUGAUGUCGAGAUUUCUGGACCUGACAUUUUCCAGAGACUAGUCCCAAUGGAAGCUCAUGAGGCAGCUUCACUUUACAGUGAGAAAAAAGCUCAGCUUUUGAGGCAAGUUGGAGAUAUGAUUGAAAGCAAAGAUCAACAAUUAGUUGAAUUCAUGUCAUCUAUGCAGUUUGACGUUCUAUCAAAGGUGCAUCAAGCUACCGGACUUCCUCAAGAGAUUAUAGAUAGAGCCGCAGCAAUGUCAGCAAGACCAACAGCAACCCAAGAACUUUCUGAAGCAAUGAAUAAAUUAUCUAGUAUUUAUCAAGAUGUUGAAGCUAAUCUCAAAGAAAUUGAUGCGUUAUUGAAGGAAGAAGAGGAAGCUGAGCAAACCUACCAAUCUCUAAUGGGCAAGAGACCUCCAAGCAUAGUCUCCAUGGAUCUCUCCCGUGAGGCAGCCAAAUAUCGUGAGGCCCACGUAAAAGCGAAUGAAUCAAACCAAACCCUACAUAGAGCCAUGACAGCUCACGUGGCCAACCUGAAAAUCCUCCAACAGCCCUUGAAGCAGUUGACCCAACAGCUGCCCUCCAUUGAGCUUCCCAAUCCAAAUGUGGACGAUAAGGCUCUGAAAGGAUUGGACACCUUGGUGGCCAAAGUUGACGAAAUGAGGACGCAAAGGGCCAUGCUGUGGGCUCAGCUUAGAGAGGCUGUGCAUCAGGAUGAUAUCACCAAUUCUUUGGUCACCAAACAGCCAAAUCAAUCGUUGGAGCAGCUAUUCCAGCAGGAGAUUGAGAAGCAUAACAAAUUGACUACCUUGAUCGAACAGAAUCUUGCCGCGCAAGAAAACAUCCAAAAAGCGCUGGUAGACAGCUAUGCCAAGGCAGUCAACACCAGAAGGUACAUCCAGGACAUUGUGCAGAAACGUCAAUCGACUAUUUCAGCUUUGGUCCAGUCAUCUGAUUCUUAUGAGGACCUGUUGGCUAAGGCUAAUAAGGGAGUAGAGUUUUACACGAAGUUGGAAACGAAUGUGUCUAAAUUACUGCAGAGGAUCAAAAGUGCCUGUAAGGUGCAGCAGGAAGAGAGAGAACAAAUGUUGAAGAAGGAUCUGGCCAAGAAUACACCAGAAGCAGAUCCAGAUUCAACAAGUGCCCCUGCUGCGCCGAAGCUAAAAGACUACUUGGACUCAAGGAAACGCAACCCAAUGGCCGCCUAUUCGGACACUAACCUUCAGUACCCUCAACAACCAACCGUCAACUAUGCUCCCAUGGAACUACCUCCUGGCGUAAGACCGGCACCACUCGGCUCUGAAGUCUCAGAUAUCGCUAAACUAACAGUUAGUGAGCAGUCUUACACAGGAAACAUGGGAUAUGGCUACAACACCAAGCCACCAUUCGGUUAUCAGCAGCAGCAAGUACCAGAGGAUGGGCUGUCAAAGAAGAUGAUGAAUCUAUCUACGAAUCCCAAAGAUGAAUCGCAGUACCAUCCGCAGAGCUAUAGUCCUUACAUUCCGCAGGAUUACACACCAACGUCGUAUGCUUAUCCAACUCAGGUCUCGCUUCCAGAGGUGCCUCUGUCAGUAGUAUACGACCCCAACAAAGCAUAUACCACGACUGUGAAUUCAUACAAACCAUACUCUAAACCAAGCAUACCAGGUAGCGUUACUGGCCCUAUGCAGUACCAAGCAACCCCUAGCGAGAAGUACCAGUACCCUGUGCACGCAUCUAAUUCGUUCACCCAGCCGACCCCUGCUCCUUCAACUAAUAAUAGUACAUACAAUGUGAAUACGUACUACCCUGCAGGGUACGGCCCGAAUACGACUCUUACUGGAGACGAUACUUCCCAAAACGUACCUGCGAGCCCGUCUAGCAAUCAGUACCAUUCAGUGGAGUACGCAACGUCAGUACAGCCGAAUAACGUGGUGUACAGUUACAGUUCAACGUACUCCUCGCCUUCGCCGAAUUUGAAUACUUCGGGGUACUAUCCGAAUACAAGUGGUAACGAGUACUACAAUGCUAGUGAGACGCAGCAGCAAUAUCAAAGUCAGUAUCAGUAUUAUGGAACUCAACAAGGAGCGGGUUAUAUUCAAGGUACUAAUGGUUCGAAUAUAGUUCCUCCUGGUGGUAUUUCACCUUCUUCUGUAGUAUAUGGAGAUGGUACCUACUCCUACACAUAUGCUACCACUACCCCGCAAAAUGCUUCUGCUACAGUGGUAGGAUAUGGAGGUACUGCUUAUGCUGCAAAUAGCACCCCAGUAUAUCCAAGCGGUACAACCAAUGCUACUAACACUUAUCCAACUGAUAAUGCUGGCAGUACUCCAACACCUUCUACGAACAACACGGGAACUUAUCAGACAGGCAGUACUGCUGAGUAUCAAGCAAGUACUACUACAGUAUAUCCGGCCGAGCAUUACUCGGGAUAUUAUGGGCAGAACUAUGCGACGAAUUACCCUGGGUACUACACCGAAGGAGCAGCUUCUCAGGCAGUACAACCUGCUCGGCCUACGCCUGCAGUACAACCUGCUCCGCCUACGCCUGCAGUACAACAGCAGCAGGUACAAGCUGCAAAUACCGCGCCUACAACAACGAAAGAGUCAAACAUCGAUUUAUUGAGCGGUUUGGAUUUCACAAUUAGCCAAGCGCCUUUAGUACCACAACAAAAUGUGUCGAAUACCAGCACAACAGAUACAAUGUCUGCCGCGCCAGACAAAUCGGAAUCUGCAACCAAUACUUCCACAAAAAAAGAAAUUGAGGAGAAAAAAUCAUCACCAGAAGUGAAAAGGCCGAAAAUGAAAAUCAUACCAAGCAAAACGAUUGACAACGCUGAUAUAUGCAGACUGUUCGUGCAAGAAUUGGACAAGUUCGAAAAAUGCGUAGAAACAUUGCCGAACAAAACGCUGAGUGGACCGACGAAUCUCGACUUGAAAUGGAAGGAAAUCCAGGAUAAACAAGAUUCUGAUGGGCAGAAGAAAAUCAUUUCUGUGGCAAGGUGCUACCCUAUGAAGAAUAGAUUUCCGGAUAUUUUGCCUUAUGAUCAUUCCAGAGUGGAACUAUGUACUACCAAGGAUGACUAUAUCAACGCUUCUUUUGUUAAGGACGUGUCACCAUAUGCUCCACUACUCAUCAUUUCUCAAGUGCCGCUGGCUUCAACUAUUUCUGACUUUUGGGCUAUGGUGAGAGAACAACAAGUCGAAUUGAUCUUUUGUCUAGUGAAUGACAGCGAGAUUGGAACCGAUGUGUACUGGCCAACAGAAAAAGGUCGCAACUUAAGCUAUGGCAAUAUGAUCCUCUCCCUGCAAAGUGUCAUCACAAAGACCCAUUGGGUGGAACGUUUGAUUUCCAUCACUAUCAAUACACCAGAUAAAAGAGAUUCUUGGGUGGUAUUUCAUCUGCAGUUUACUAGCUGGCCAGGCAGUUUGUGCCCAAACAGCCCUGAACCUGUAGUGUCUUAUAUCCAGGAGCUGUUGACGUUGUAUAAGCAACAGCGCGAUCCUGGUCACCCAGUGGUGGUCCAGUGUCCUGCAGGUGUGGGUCGAAGUGGAGUUGUAUGCACAGUAGCAGCGGCCAUUUUGGAAGCGGCGAACAACGCGAACGUCCUACCAGAUCUGGCAACACUGGCUGCUAAGAUAUCAGCUUGUAGAGCUAACGCUCUUCGGGACAGGGAACAUCUGAAGUUUGUUUAUGAGUGUUUCUUGGGCUACAUGAAGCAAAUUGCUGCAGCAGGUGAUAUAUCUUUUUCUCGUUUGAAAGAAACAUCUCUUUCCCGAUUAAUAUUUGUUUCAACUUUUAUUUGAAUACCUACAUCUUAUGCAGUCCUACGUCAUGGAAUUAGUGUUGGUAGCAUACAUGAUGACUGAUUGUUAGGAUUAUUAAAGCUUAGGGCCUUGGGUUAUACUAUUGUUAGACUAGAGGAGUACCUAGAACAAGUUUUAAUUGAAUACCUGUUAACUAUCACAUUCUUUAUUUUCUUACAGAUAAAAUGAAGAGGAGAUUGACUGAAUUAGUGCCCAAAGUGGAAGAGAGCGUUCAACCGCAGGAGAAUAUUAGUGAAAAGAACGUCGACCCUUUGAGCACCUUGGAUCCGUUUUGGGCCAACAAAAAGUGAUAAAUUUAUUAUAUGACUAAUAUAUACUUACAUAUGUACUUUUUUCUUUUAUUUAUUAGCUUAGGUUAUCUCAGUUAAUAUAUUCUCGUUAAUAUUAAGAUUAAAAUUAUAGAACUGCUUAUUUUGUAUAAAUGAUACCCUUUGAAUUUUAAUAUAUUUAUCUUGC